AUGUUCAAUAUCGUCGGCGUUGAGGCAGAACGCCUCAAGAGUCCUCCAUCAUGGAUCUCUGUAAUCAUCUUCUGGGAGCAUCCAGUCGAAAGGAUAGACACAACGCGCAAGCAGCAAUCAUCUCGCAAAGGGACAAAGGCACCACUUGGUGGUGCACUGGGUCCUGGAGUUGGUGUAGAAUGGACGGGGGUUCCAGGUAAUGGUUGCUGGGAAGGCAUCAUCCCAUUUCCGUUUACACCUGGUCCCAUGCUGCCGCUGCGCGGUCCAGGGCUUGGUGCCCCACCUGGUGCCGACAUAAUCGACGACUAUCGAUGA